GUUCAAAGCCAAUCCAUGUUUCUUUAUCAAUAAUAUCAUUAAAUGGACUCUGAAGAAUUUAAUUACGAAUCCAAUAACUAGUUCUAUUAUGAGGAAUUUUUAACAGAACCUCUUGAUCUGGUUGCUCAAAAUUCCCAAUAAGAAUUAAUAAGCAUAGAUAAUUUCUUAAUCAAUCACACCCUAUCAAAAGAAAGAAGAUCUUUAAUGGUUAAAUGGAUAAUUUAUGUAUUUGAUACUAUAUAUGGGGAAUAAAAUAAUGAUUCAUUGUUUUCCAGGGCUGUGCAUUUGAUGGAUGUGUUCCUCAAAAAGACUACAGUAGUAUACUCUGAUAAGGAUGUUCAUCUGAUAGGUUGCACCUGCAUCUAAAUGGCCUCAUAAAUUGAAGACGCAUCUCCUAUAGAAUUGGAGACUAUGUAUGAUACAAUCUGUCAUAAAAAAUUCACAAUCGAUGAAAUCAAUGAAUUCUAUUAGAAAACAUUAGAAACUCUGGAAUAUAAUACUAAUUUUCCAACUUCUUACAGUUACUUGCAAAACCUCUCCUAAUUCAUGUUUGGCCAAUCCUAAGAGUAAUUAUAUGUAAUGUUAUUCUAGUUAUUAAUCCAUGUAUGUUUAAGAAGAGGCCAAUAAUAUUCUUAGAUAUUGCUAUAGAAGUUACACAAUGAUGCAAUACAAUUGGCUCCUCUUGGCGACCACUAUAUUAGGUUAUGCGAUCCAUGUUUUCAAACAGGUUCAUGGUUAUUAUCAAGAUCUGCAAGGUAAGGAUUCUUCGUCUCAAGACGUAAAACAUUAUUUCUAUUUUAUUAGGUAAUGAAACUCAUAGAAAUUGCAGGUGUGAAUUUAGCGGAUUUCGAGAAUUGCUUCGAAAUCUUAUCAGAAUAAUUUAAUUGCAAAUGUCUUGAAAAACAUUGCAGCAGCCAAAGCUGA